UCUUAGAUGUUCUUUUCAUGCUACCAAAUGCCCAACAAGACUUUUUUAGUAGAACAAAAUGUUACAGUUAACUUUCAUUAACUGACGGCUCUAUACUCUGUGUAUCUGGGGUUACCAUGGUUACGUCACGUAACCAACAUUGUCGCCAUGUACAGUAGAUGCAUGGAUGUAUUAUAAAAGCUCUUAUUAUACAUCCAUGAGUAGAUGGCGAUAUGCAACGGUAAAGUUGUUUGCGAUCCACCAGUAAAUCGAGAGAAGAAGAAGAGGGAGGGCGUCAGGUGUCAAGACGUCACGCAGGUGUGGUGAAAGGUGCAUUCACAUUCACUGGCUAGUUUGAAUUGAAAAGCACAAAGCCGUCGAGCCUGAAAAUCUGCUCGCAACACACCCGCCUGUGGAAAUAUUUUGAAGCAGGACGGCUGCCCACUCACACUGGGAGAGUUCGUGUAUGUUUUAGUUACGCAGGUGCACUGAAAAAAACAGCCAAAAAUGAGCAAAAUCUCGAAAUUAUUCAAGGGGAGCUCGAGCUCGAGUUCGAGUUCGAGUUCAUCCAGCUCGUCCAAGUCCAAACACCACCGGUCGCGCGGAGGACCUUCACCCCAGGAGGCCAUCCACAAACUCCGGGAGACCGAGGAAAUGCUGACGAAGAAACAAGACUACCUGGAGAAGAGGAUAGAGCAAGAAAUUAUGAUCGCCAAGAAGAAUGGCACAAAAAACAAGCGGGCUGCCCUGCAGGCCUUGAAGAGGAAGAAGCGUCUAGAGCAGCAGCUCACCCAGAUCGAUGGCACGCUCUCCACCAUCGAGUUCCAGAGAGAAGCGCUGGAGAACUCGCACACCAACACAGAGGUCCUGAAGAACAUGGGCUUCGCUGCCAAGGCCAUGAAGAAAGUCCACGACAACAUGGACAUUGAUAAGAUAGACGAUCUGAUGCAGGAUAUCACAGAGCAGCAGGAUGUGGCCCGGGAGAUCAGUGAAGCUAUCUCCGGACCUUUUGGCGAGACAUUUGAUGAGGAUGAGCUGCUGGCUGAGCUGGCAGAGCUGGAACAGGAGGACCUUGAAGACAGCAUGAGGAGUAUGGGCGGGCUGCCCAGCGUGCCCACCUCCAAACUGCCGUCGGCACGGCCCAGUCAGCGCGCAACCACCAAGAAAAGGGUUGAAGAUGAUGACGACAUGCGUAUGCUGGCAUCAUGGGCAACUUAAGUACAUUAAAGCAACCUCUUGCUAUGAAGUGACAAACAAAAACCUCUUUUUAAAUAGCUUUUUCUUACAUUUUUUAUUUUUUUUUAGGCAAAAUGAAGAGCAUUGUAUUUUUAAAAUAAGCUUUAUCACCUUGUAAUAACACAUUACAGGUUAUAUUUAUCAAGAAAUUAAUUUUUUUAAGUGAAGGAAUCAACAAACUGAAAUUUCAGAUAUGUUCUGUCUCUUUUCUUUUCUGUUUCCUUUUCUUUUUAUUUGUCAUUUUUACCUAACCUGCUCAGAAUGUACUGAGGUGUAAUGAAGGCAUAACCGGGAUAUGACGUUUUCAACACACUGAGCAGAUGUGCUUUAUUGCAUGUCAUUCAGCUGUAAAUAAACUCAGACUACGUAUUAACAUUGUACAUAUAUUACUUUUUGGAUGUUCAACAAAUAAAGACACUCUCCUAAUA